CUGUCAAAUUGCUGUCAAACUGUCAUUCAACUUUUGUAAAACUGCUAGCGAGAUGUCCGAUUCCGCCGGCGAUAAUUUAAAACCUCGAGUUGUUGUUUUAGGAGGGUGUGGUUUCAUUGGUCGCAACCUGGUGGAGUACUUAAUAAGCAAUGACCUGGUGAGUGGGUUGCGAGUGGUUGACAAGACCCCUCCGCAGCUGGCCUUCCUCAAUCCCACACAUUUGAAAUGCUUUGAAGAUCCUCGGGUGGAGUACAAAAGUGCCAACCUUAUAAAUUCAACAUCAUGUGCGACAGCGCUAGAGCCGGAUGGGAAGCCCUGGGCGCUGGUGGUGAACUGCGCGGGGGAGACGCGCGGCGGACAGACCGAGGCGGUGUACGCGGAGGGCAUCGUCACGCUGAGCGCCAACGUCGCCAAGCAAUGCGCCGCGCUGGCCGUGCGCCUCGUGGAGAUAUCCAGCGGGCACAUGUACAGCAGCGACAAGCCGCAAAAAGAAGAGUGUCCCAUAGAGCCAUGGACGGUGGAGGGGCGCAUGAAGAGUCGCGUGGAGCAGGAGCUCAAGAACAUGCCCCAACUCGACUACACCAUCCUGAGGCCCGCCAUUGUCUAUGGUGUUGGAGAUAGGAGAAGCUUGACACCGCGUCUCCUCUACGGCGGCAUAUACAAGCAUCUCGGUGAAACCAUGAAGCUUCUGUGGACUGCCGACCUAAAGAUGAAUACCGUUCACGUCAGAGACGUGUGCCGUGCUAUUUGGACUCUGGGCCUUAGACCCGACGCCAAGGGGCAGAUAUACAACGUAGUGGACGAAGCCAACAGCAGCCAAGGCAGUCUAGCAGAACUGGUAGCGGAGAUAUUCAAGAUAAACCAUGAUUACUAUGGCACUACUAUAUCUACAUUGGCUAAGAACGACAUAGCGUCCGUAGCUGAAGAGGCUAACGACAAGCAUCUCACAGCGUGGGCGGACAUCUGCCGCAAGUACGCGCUGGAGCACACGCCGCUGGAGCCCAGCGCCGGCGCGGAACUGCUGCUCAACAAGCAGCUGUGUCUCGACGGAGCCAAGCUCAGGGCGAUACUGCAGCCCGACGUGCCCGCACCCAGCGUCGACAAGCUGCUAGAGGUACUAGAAGAUUAUGCUUCAAUGAAUCUUUUCCCAAAGGAGCUUUUGCUAUGACCAUUUACUGCCAAUUAGGUGUACAAGUCGCUUCCCCAGUGUUUGUAUGUGUAUACCGCGAUUUCACCAUAGUUCAGCAAUCAUACAGUAGUGUAACAAGUUUGUUUAAACUUCGAGUUCUAUACUGGGGCCCCAAGCGGAAACUAUGUGACAAAAAUUUGUCAUACUAUACAUAUUACUUUAAACAAGUGAUUUUGGGUCCACUUGUAUAGACGUUUCCGAACUGUAUGGUUACUAAGCUGUGGUGAAAAAUAAGAGCUUAAAGUUACGAAAGACAUUAUGUUGUAAAGUUUUAUCGAAAUUAUUUUAAGCUUAACAAUAUUUUAGAUUCUAAAGCAAGGCCAAUGAAAUAUCUGCAAAGUGACUAAGAGCCAGCGUGUGCCAGGCCUUCGUUAUUUUAUAAACGCUGGAAGAUUAUUACUUAUCUGCAUAUUGUCCCCAACACAUAUAUUAAUAACUAUACAUCUGUGGUUCCAAGUCUUGCUAACACGGCUGCGCCAUCUUGUUUCAAUACAAACAUUAUAUCGCAUCUCAUUGGCCUAGCUUUAGAUAUUUAUAUAAAUCUAAUUGUUUACACAAUCCUAUUAAAAUAGUGUUUUACAAAAAGUUGGUUGAAAUGUUUGAAACAUUUUUACUUUGGAUGAAAUAUAACGAAAUUUUUAUUAUGUCUACAAUCGUUCAGGGUUUUAAAAUUAUUAUAAUAAGACGAAGACAUCGUGCUGUGAUAAAAUUAACUGUGAACUUGAGAGUUCAACGUUUUGGCCAAUAUAAAGCAAUCUAAUUAACUAUGCCGGUUGGUUAUCUUCAUACUUGGGAACAAAAUGUACU